AUGUCUCGUGGACAAAAGCGCCCCAGGGUCCGGUCUCGUGGCCGGAUCGGUCGCUCAAUCGCGUGCGUGAUACUAGGACGCCUCGCGUCUUCAUCCCUUCCGCCGCCUCUUACAGACGCGUUCCGACGUUACCGCCAUUGGUAGUCAGUCUCCCGCGGGCGACCGCGAUGAGCGCUCUGAGCGUUCGCUUUCACCUCCUUCCGACUCGCAACGUUCUUCGCGCUCAAACAGCCCGGACCGGGAUGACGAGUUCGUGGGUGACGUAGCUUUGCAACUGGCCUCGCGCAACACCGUGGUGACCACGACGCGGGGCUGACCUUGUCUGGGCGGUUCAACAGGAGUCACCUUUAUCUCAAGCGCCCAAGCGCCCGCGUGUCCGCUGUAAACGCGACGACGACGAAGGAGAAGAAGACGUUCGAGGCGGCCUUGCGGUCCGUGGCCUGCCGACGACCAAUAAGUUUGUGUUAAUCUCGACGGUGAGUCCUGUCCCCCUCCCCCCGCCUCGUUUCUUUUCUCCUCUGCCAUCCACCGUCCAAUGCCCCGCCUCAAACCCGCUCACACGUGCACUCCAUUGCGGCCCUUUAGCGCUGACAUUGACAUUUCCCCGCGGCAGGACUUGCGCCACUCAGCCAUGAUCGACGACCCAUUGCGCAUCGUCCUCGGAGCCUUCAUGGCCGGCAUGUUCGCAAGGUCGGCUGGAGAAGAUGCCGGCUCGGGUAGUAUGUCGAGCGAAGAAAAAGCCAAGCUAGGGGGGAGGCGCAGUCAAGCAGAUCGUUCUGGGCUGGGUCCGGUCCGGUCGGAGCUGAGCAGGUGCGAUGCGAGGUGGCACACAGACGGACAUGCGCCCCAUGUUUACUCCGCGAUAGACCACGACUCACGGUAA